UUUAUCUUCGAACAACAUGACUUUGUUUCUUGUCUUCUUACUUUACAUAUUGCAUGCAGCUGAAUGCCUUCCUCUGAACUCUCCACUGCUGGACUCGUACGACUACAUCAUCGUCGGAGGUGGUCCAAGUGGACUUACAGUUGCAAACCGUCUCUCCGAAGAUCCUGCCAUCAACGUGCUUCUGCUCGAGGCAGGCCCAGCCGACGACAACCAGCCAUGGAUUCAGAUACCAUUCUUUGCGGGUCAAGGUGUUGGUAGCUCUCUAGUUUGGAACCUCAUGACUGCACCUCAGACCUAUCUGGACGGCAAGCUNCGUGCACUGCCUCAAGGCAGAGUUCUGGGUGGUGGUACUGUCCUCAACGCCAUGCUAGGCGGUAUUGGUGACUAUGAUGACUGGGUCACUCUCGGCAAUCCUGGUUGGAGUUUUUGGGAUUUGCUUCCCUAUUUCUGCAAGAGUGCCGCUGCGAAUACAGUCGGCAUCAACCAGAAUCCACUCGUUCAUGGCAACAGCGGACCAGUCAACGUCAGCUUCUCGAAUUACAUCUACAACGAGACGGUCAACUUUUUCUCGGCGCUUCAACAGCUGCAGAUGCCAGUCUCCUACGAUCCAAAUGACGGUACAACAGCCGGUGCAUCCUUUCUGCCAUUGUCUCUCAACCCAGAAAGCCAAACAAGGUGCGAUGCUCGCUCGGCAUACUUCGAGCCAUAUUCCGCGAGGCCCAACCUCUGGAUUGCGACGAACCAAUAUGUUACUCGUGUCUUGUUCGAGGGAGGAUCUGGUAAUCCAAACACAACGACAUCCACUCCAGGCGAUGCAAGUAUGGGCCAAGGCAAUUCAUUCUCGAGGCCUGACGGCCUUUUCUCCAACAUUACCGAGGAUGCUGUUACCAUGCCACAUCGAAGAUCGUGGUCCGGCCGCCAUAUUCUGGAGGCCAUCGUGUCUCGGAUCUUCCUGCAAAAGCGAGAGCCAACCAAUACACCUGUGACUUCUGUUGGAGGUCUCAUGAGAGCUAAUGGAGUCGAGGCCACGUCGGUUCCGAGAAAGAAUGUUACAGCGGUCAAAGAAGUCAUCAUAGCUGCGGGAGCAAUACAUACUCCUCAACUUCUUAAACUUUCUGGACUUGGGCCCUCAAGCGAGUUACAGCCACUCCAGAUACCUGUCCUGGUAGAUCUUCCAGGUGUUGGUAUGAACCUGCAGGAUCACCCGCUUGUUGGAGUCUUNCUAACAAUUCUGACCAUAUCUCCAGACCCUUAUCAGAAACCCACGUCUUUGACAAGCGUACAAAUUGCAAACAAUUACACACUGAUGAACCGAUUUGGCGCCCUCUACCAAGCCAACAAAACUGGACCUUGGACAGCUGGACCUCCAGACGGAAACGCUUUCCCAGCCCUCUCAGUAUUGACCAACAGAUCCUUCUCGAUCAUUACCAAAGCUCAGACUCANAAAGCCAUGGACUACCUUCCAGGAGACGUCCAUCCGAACGUGCUGGCAGGGUUCGAUGCUCAACGUCAGCUCUUGAUCAAAGCACUGCAAGACCCGAGGAGGGCAGCGUACGAGUUGCUGAACUUCAACUACGGCGCCUUCUCCAACGUGAACAUGAGGCCGUUCUCUCGCGGCUCUCUGAACUCGUCACGUCCCUUCGAUCCCCCGCUCAUCGAUCCCCGAUACGGCUCCAAUCCAGUGGACCUUGAUGUCUUACUGGCCUCAAUCGUGUACAAUCGUCAAGUGCUCGCCACGACCUCAAUGAGAUCCCUACAGCCCCUGCAGCUCAACCCCACUGCGAACGCUACUGAUCAAGAGAUUUUGAAAUUUAUCAAAGCCAAUCUGCAAACAGAGUUCCAUCCAAGUGGAACUUGCGCCAUGUUACCUCUUGAUUUAGGAGGUGUUGUGGACCCACAGUUGCUUGUGUACGGGACUCAAAAUCUGAGAUUAGUCGAUGCUUCAAUCAUGCCUGUCAUCCCAGCGAGUCAUCUUCAAGCUGUAGUAUACGGCAUUGCCGAGAAGUACGGUGCAAGCUGCCGCAUCGAUUGCUCAAUCAGUUCCUGGACCUCUGAUACCGUCCUCAAUGCCAUCUUCGAAACCAUCACUGGUGUCCACUUCGACGUCGCGCUCGACCUCGUCCCCAAUGCCCAACAUAUCAACAGUAUCGAGUUUGUCUUCAUUGCGGUCACAGGCCUCGUCUUCGCUGCAAGCAUUGAUCUUGUCAUCGUCACGAUCGUCGACGUUCUCGUUGGUCAACUCGUUGCCACCUGGUGCCAUCCCAUCACUCUCGCUCUCAACAGCGGCAUCCUGCACACAUGCAUCGACGUUUUCGUGCACAUGUUCGUCUGUCUGUACCGCCAGCCUCCCCAAGAUCAUGACCACAGCGACAACUUCCUCGGCCUUGCUGUCAAUAUCUUCAGCACCCUCAUCUUCUGUCCCAAGCUUGAGCCCCGGAACAGUGGCUUGCCCACAUCCCUUGACGUCGUCUUGCCCCGCCGUACCUGCAUCAGCCACGAGAACGUCGUCGUCCCUAGCUCUUACGUACGCGCCGAUAUUGUCUUCUUCAGCAAGCACAAGCUCAAUGCUGUCACGUUCAUUGUCGACCAUGACCAUAUCGCAAGCGUCGACAUCCUCCUCGGCAUCAUCUUCUACGCGGUUGUCGCUCUUAACUUCGGUACAGUCUCGAAGCUCUUCCUCGAAACGUUCCUCAAGCUCGUCUUCUGGACGUGCGUC